UCCAGCCCCGCGCGCGCAGCCGCGUGCCUUCCAGAAAUGAAGCCAGCAAGUAGCGGCAGCCAGGUGGCCAUCCGGAGGGCCGCGUCCACCACCGGCCUGCUCUUCGUCCUGCUGCUCGUCGCCUUCACCGCGUCCAACUACUCGUCGCUCAACACCGACCGGCUCGUCGACGCCGCAUCGUCGUCGCGUGCGAAGGCGGCGGCGACGUGCGACGUCGCGAGGGGGGAGUGGGUGCCCGACCAGGCCGAGCCCUACUACACCAACGCGACGUGCCCGUUCAUCGACAGCCGCCAGGACUGCAUGAGGUACGGCAAGCCGGAGCUCGGCUCCAUCCUGCGGUGGCGGUGGCGGCCCCACGGCUGCGACCUCCCGCGCUUCGACCCGGCCGCCUUCCUCCGCCUCGCGCGCCACAGGUCCAUGGCCUUCGUCGGCGACUCCGUCGCGCGCAACCACAUGCAGUCGCUCAUGUGCCUCCUCUCCGCCGCGGAGCACCCGCAAGAAAUCCAGCCCCGGGACUGCGUCCACUGCACGCGCAGCUACCACUACCGCGCGCACAACUUCACGGUGACCGUGUUCUGGGCGCCGUUCCUGGUGCGGUGGAACCUGACGCGCGCGGGGGCGCUACAGUUCAUGGACCCGCACAACGUGUAUCUCGACGAGGCCGACCCGGAGUGGGCGCGGCGCGUCGCCGGCUACGACUACGUCGUCCUCAACGGCGCCAAGUGGUUCACCCGGCCCGCCGUGCUCCACGAGCGCGGCCGCGUGCUCGGGUGCAGCGGCGACUGCGGCGACCCCGGCGCCGCCCGCGUGCCGCCGCACCGCGCGGUGCGCGCGGCGUUCCGGACCGCGCUCCGGGAGCUGCGGGACCUCCCGGGGUUACGCGGCAGGGUGGUCGUCCGCACCGUGGCGCCGCCGCACUACGAGAACGGUAAGUGGUACGACGGCGGGAACUGCCUCCGGACGCGGCCCGUGCGGAGCGACGAGACGGCGCUCCCCGAGACGGAGGCCGCGUUCCACGCCGCGCAGGUCGAGGAGUUCCGCGCCGCCGCCGCGGCGAGCGCGGCCGACCCGGGGCGGUUCGUGCUGAUGGACGUCAGCGACAUGAUGCAGAUGAGGGGCGACGGGCACCCCGGGCAGUACGGGCACUGGCCGCACGAGAAGGUUGGGUUCGGCAUCGACUGCGUGCAUUGGUGCUUGCCAGGCCCCAUCGAUGCUUGGAGCGAGCUGUUGCUUCAUCUGCUCACCAAUUGAUGAUGCUAGACGUGCAUGUUCAUAUACGUUGUGCUUUUGUACAUGUUUGCGUCGAAUUGGAUGCAAAAAGUGUUAAAGUUUUGUAUUGCA